AUGAAUAAUCUGGAUCAUGUUAAAAAUUUUUAUCCGGAAAACUAUAAGUUAGAUCUAUCAGAGACAAUGAAAGCCGCCCUUUCGAAAGGGCCAGGAGGAGUAAGUGUUGGUGGGCUUGGUAGUGGGGUUGGUGGUGGCUCGGCUGGUGCCAGCGGCAGUGGUGGUGCUCAUGGAAUGGGCACAACAGUGUCCCAUGGCGAUUUGCAGACUGGCAGCAAUUCUGCAAUUCCUGGUGUUGGAUAUGUUACGGAAAAGCUGUACAUGCUAUUGCAGCUAUACUUGCAAAAUAAAGGAUGGAAUCCCAGUGCUGAAUUAUUACAAUGUUUCACGGAUUUAAAAGACAACGCUAUGCUGCCUAGCGCAGCCUAUUUGCAGGUUCUUGCCAAUCGCCUAACAUUAGACGCACAAGGACGGUUGAUACUACGUGAAAAUGGCAAAAUUGUACUACCAUUUGAACAUUUUGCUAAUGCUGUAAUGCUUAAACACAUGUCUGGACCACAUGGGUUACAUUUAAGUGUCGAAGCCACUGUGCGCGCUGUCAUCGAAUCAUACACCAUAGGUCGAGAAAAUUUUGGCAUGGAAAAAGAAUUUAUUAUUGAAGUAGUGCAGUCUUGCCCUAGCCCAGCAUGUCGCUAUUAUAAAAACCAUCUAGGAUUGUCGCCAUUACCCUUUAUGGAGCAGCAAUUUCCCGGAGUUAAUCCGGCAGACUUCCUACAACAUUUACCACACUUGCCUCCACCACCGCCACCACCUCAUUCAAUGGUGACCGGAUCAGCAAACAGUGGUGUGCAGUCAUCAGGAUCUGGAAGCUCCGGAGGGAGUAGUAGCAAUGUUGGUUCUAACAGUGGCAGUUCAGUAAGCAGUGGAGGAGAAGUCGAUUUAACAAAAAGUUCGCCAGCUUCACAUGCGUCAACUCCCAAGGUACCUGUGGUGCCACCGCAGUUACAAAUGCUCACAAAGCAGCAGCAAAACAGUAUACAAUCUCAGUUGUCGCAGCUUAGUGCUGCUGCAGCCGCCGCUGCACACCAUCAGCAGCAACAACAACAAGCAGCUGCCGCUGCUGCUGCGGCCGCUGCUGCAGCUGCAGCCAAGCAACAACAGCAACAACAGGCUCAGGCACAGGCACAGGCUCAAGCAGCAGCUGUGGCUCAGCAACAACAGCAACAGCAAUUGACAGCAGCACUUUUACAGCAGCAACAGAGCCGGGCACUGGCUCAACAAAGCUUGGAAAAAUUCAACAAUUUGAGUGCUUUGGAAAAACAGCGAGUGCUACAACAGUUAGACCCUAAACAUUUUGAUCCAAUGGUGGUGGCUGCGGCUGCCGCUAAUUUACAACUGCAAGGAAUCAAUGAUUUUAGGGUUGCCGCAAUUGCUGCCGCAGCUGCACAAGCUGCUGGAAGUUCUUCUAUCGUAUCUAAUGCUGCAGCCGCUUCUGCAAUUGCCACUAGUACUGGCAUGAAUAGCAACAAUAAUAAUUUGGUUGGAAGUGGAACUAGCAGCAGUGGUGUGGGAAACUGUAGCAGCCCAGCUGUUUUGCCAUCAACUAGUACUAACUUAAGCACCAGUGCCAGUAGCAGUGGCGGAGGACACAGUUCUGCUGGUAAUCCUGGCAACACUAGCAUCAUGGGUAUUAGCGGCAACACUAAUAGCAGCAAUGUCCAUCAUAACCAUCAGCUGCCCCCACCAUCGCAAUCACCUAGUGCUCAUUCCAGCCACUCUGCAUCAUCGUCUUCAUCUCAUUCAACUGAACAAAUGGUGCAAAAAAAUGUUGAGCUUUUGCGUUCCAAUUUGGAAUCGAUUGAAUCUAAUAAAGACUUGCUUGCCUUGCAUAAUGGCGCCUGGACUGUGCCAGAUAAUAAUCGUGAACCUUUACCAGUAGGCCAAGACAAAAUAGUACGCAUUUUUGCAGAACUGAUGCGGAACAUGGCACGCAUGAAGACUUAUAUACGCCCAUCAAUGUGUAAACCGUAUGGCAAGCAGAGCGAAAGCUUACAAAAAACACUUUUAGACACAAUUCAAAUUGUACAAACCCUACGUAAUUGUUUGCCAGCACCACAUAUUCCGGUAUCUUCGUGGAAGAGUGAGAGUGAAGGCAACGCUGGAUUAAUAACUUCUAACAGUGGUGCGGUAGGUAAUUCCGGUACUAACAUAAUGAGUGGAUCUGUUAGUGUUGGUGGUGGUGUAAUGGUUUCAAAUCGAGUGGAGAAUUUGACCAAUUGAAUGUAAGCAAAUAGUUUUAGUUUUCUCGUUGUUCAUCUAUAAGUCUGUUCCAGGUACUUCAGUAUUUUGCAAGAAGGCUGUUCCCGUACGACACCUUACAUAGAGUUUAUUAAUGUCGAAAACACAGCAUUCGAAAAUCCUGAAGUACCUGGAUCAGGCUUUAUAAUAAGUAUUUGCAAAAAAUUUCGUUUAUAUCACUUUUCCUCAGAAAGAGCGUUAGCUAAAAUCGGUUAAUAAUGAACUAAAUUAUAAUGUUUUAAGUCAUCUGAGUCCUAAUCCAAGACUUUUUUACAACCAAAUUAUACCAGGUGAUCAGUCAGGCUUGAUGAUGCGCCUCAAGACGCUGAGUUGCACAUUUCAGCCGAUUGGUAGCCAAGAGCCAAAAAAAAAUUUAUAUGGUUUGAGUAUAAAAACGAAGUUUAGGAAAUAGUAUAAUGACAAAUACAGUGCAAAGUUUUCACAAUUCAAUUAAUAUAGCCAAGUUCAAAACAAUACCAUUUGUAGGUGGGCACUAAAAAUUGGAGAAGCUCGGCCAAAACCAGCAAAAUGGCUUUUCUUUGUAAAUCACUUAUCAAGGGCUUACAUAACUAUGCAAUACCAUCUAUCUGCAAUUUUCACAAAAAUUACUUUCCGAUCUUAGAACCCAUCUGGGAAUUAACUGUCAUCACUGAUGUCAAAUUUAUCUUUGCAAUUCUAUAGUAAGUUCUUCUAACAAGCGAUAUACAAGGUCAACAUUACCUAACAUCAUCGAUGAAAUAUAAGCCUUAAGUGGAUUUCAUAUCUGAAAAAACUUUUCUUGAAAAUUGAAUAUAAACCGUCAGUAUAUACAACUGUGAAAGCCUAUCAAAAUGUUUUCACUCUUGAUUAUAUCGUCACUAGAGACGAAUAAAGGCGCGCGCUAGUGUUUCGACGGCGAAAAAAGACGCAUAAAAAAAAUUUUACG